AUCUCUUAUAGCAAUUUCUCGUGGCAGUGGCACGUCAUUGUGAUGGCCACCGGCGUGUGCUCGUCUUUGUUGCACAACUUCCCGUAUCAAAACGGCACCAAUGCGCUGAAAAUUGCUGCGCUUUCGCUCUUCCUUUCUGACCUCGUGUUAUUUGCCCUUCUGUGUGUCUGGGCCAUUACACGAUGCACGAUGUUCCCAAAGGUAUUUCACGCACUCAUGUGGACUGACCCAGCGACGAGCUUGUUCAUCGGGUUCUUCACGAAUGGUGCAGCAACGCUCAUAAAUGCUGCUCUCUCCGUGAACACAGACUGGGGAACAGGAGACAAAGCUCUUCUUUAUACUCUCUGGGGACUUUGGUGGCUCGACUGCGUCCUCGCAUGCAUCAUCGCGUUCGGUCUCGUCUACGUCAUGAUCGGACAGAAAUACACCGAUCUCUCCAAGCUCCGACCGGUAUGGAUGGUCCCAAUCAUCACGCUCAUCAGCAUGUCGGCAUCAGGGGGCCUGUUCGCCCGCUCAUUACUUCCGCAUUCCCACCUGAUGGCUAUCCUGUCCGCCUCCGUGUCGGCCACCAUGCUCGCGAUCGGCCUGUCGUUCACCAUGAUGCUUACCACCGCCUUCCUGCUGCGCCUCUUCCUCCAUGGACCUCUCGACGCGACGGUCGUGCUUACCACGUUUACAACACUCACUCCGCUUGGACAGGGCGGCUUCUCGAUGUUGAUAAGCGGCAAAAAUAUCGCGGAUAUCCUCGCGCAGCCCCCUGCGCCCGCUCCCAGUUCCCAGCUCGCCGGCGCCGUCGUCUAUUCGAUCUGCAUCUGCGGCGCGUAUGUCCUAUGGAGCAUGGGCCUCGCGUGGAUCGCGAUCGCCUGCUUCUCGAUAUGCAGGCGUGCGAGAGACCUGCCGCAAUUCAGUAUCACACACUGGUGCAUCGUCGUGCCAAAUGGUGUCUUCGCUUCGCUCUCCCUCCAGCUCGGCGUCGCACUCGACAGCGGAUUCUUCAGGGUUUUCGGCGCCGUGUGGACGUGCAUAGUGCUCCUCCUCUGGAUAAUCAUGUUCUGCAGGAGCGUUGUGGCAAUCUGGGAUGGGUCAAUGUUUAACAAGCCCGGCUCGGCCGCUGCCAAGCCAGCGAUGCAAGGCGAGGCCGCUGACAACAAGCUCGACGAAGGUGGUCCAGCACAUAUCGAGGUGUUGCCCAGCUUGAAGCCGAGUGACGUUGAGUCUGUAAUAGAGACUCUUUGUCCUUCUGAGGACGACUCGCCCAAGAACGACAGCGUGGUCUGAGACAGCUGCCGUUUCCUCGCACCCUUAUCUUCUUCUAAUUUGCUGCCGAUUUAAUAUGGUAUUUAUCGUUAAUAUUCACUGUAUCAUAUUUCUAUGACUUUGACUGUCGACUCUUGAUGUUGUAUCGAUAGCGACUUCUCCGGACACCUCUAUAUAGGGACUAUGUAGCUAUAUAUAUAUGUAUAUUCACACGUAUUCUUCCUUCUAGGAUAACAGUAGGAUAAUAUACUCACAUUCGUUGCCGAGCGAUCUCGACCAGCCCAGUUGGUCUGGAAUGAGAACGUGUAAUCAUAGCGACGACGCGGCUUGGAUCUGGCUUCCUCCCCGACUACUAUUCUGCUUGCUUUUGAUCACCCGGUUGGUGAGAGCCGCC